GAGACGGGCCUGGGACCGGCGGCAGCGGCCCGAGAGCUGCGCCAGGAGAGCUGUGCCGCGAGCCUCCGCCUCCUUUUUGGCACCGCACAUUGGCUUCCUGGAGGCCGAGCGCCACGCCGCCCGGGUACCCGGCAGAUCGCGAGGUGGAACGGGCCGUCGCUGCGGGGACAGCGUUCCGAGGCAGUUGGUCUUCUCCGGGAUGCCGUAGGCAUCAGCUGACCGGCCCAGCCCACGUGACUACAGGGGCACUUGAUGGGAAUCAUGGCAGCCUCCAGGCCACUGUCCCGCUUCUGGGAGUGGGGAAAGAACAUCGUCUGCGUGGGGAGGAACUACGCGGACCACGUCAGGGAGAUGCGCAGCGCGGUGUUGAGUGAGCCCGUGCUGUUCCUGAAGCCGUCCACGGCCUAUGCGCCCGAGGGCUCGCCCAUCCUCAUGCCGGCGUACACUCGCAACCUGCACCACGAGCUGGAGCUGGGCGUGGUGAUGGGCAAGCGCUGCCGCGCAGUCCCCGAGGCCGCGGCCAUGGACUACGUGGGCGGCUAUGCCCUGUGCCUGGAUAUGACCGCCCGGGACGUGCAAGACGAGUGCAAGAAGAAGGGGCUGCCCUGGACUCUAGCGAAGAGCUUCACGGCGUCCUGCCCGGUCAGCGCGUUCGUCCCCAAGGAGAAGAUCCCUGACCCUCACAAGCUGAAGCUCUGGCUCAAGGUCAACGGCGAGCUCAGACAGGAGGGUGAGACAUCCUCCAUGAUUUUUUCCAUCCCCUACAUCAUCAGCUAUGUUUCUAAGAUCAUAACCUUGGAAGAAGGAGAUAUUAUCUUGACUGGGACGCCAAAGGGAGUUGGACCGGUUAAAGAAAACGAUGAGAUCGAGGCUGGCAUACACGGGCUGGUCAGUAUGAGAUUUAAGGUGGAAAAGCCAGAAUAUUGAGUUAUUUCUUAACAAGUUUCCAGAGAGAAGGGAGCAAGACAAGAGCAAGCAACGGGUAUUAAAUGUCACAAUCCUUUAAUAAGAAACCAUUUAUUGGCCGGACGCGGUGGCUCACGCCUGUAGUCCCAGCACUUUGGGAGGCCGAGGCGGGCGGAUCACGAGGUUAGGAGAUCGAGACCAUCCUGGCUAACAUGGUGAAACCCCGUCUCUACAAAAAUACAAAAAAUUAGCCGGGCGUGGUGGCGGGCGCCUGUAGUCCCAGCUACUCUGGAGGCUUGAGGCAGGAGAAUCACUUGAAGCCGGGAGGCGGAGCUUGCAGUGAGCUGAGACUGCGCCACUGUACUCCAGCCUGGGUAACAGAGCGAGACAACGUCUCAAAAAAAAAACAAAAAGAAACCAUUUAUUUUAAAAAUGAUUAGAUUGCUAUGCCUCAACUCAUAGAAGAUGGACUCUUCAAGAAAACAUGAAGUAGAACAGAUGGGCCAGAAAUGAAAACAGCCAAAGUAAAGUAUUUCUUCGGAAAACAUUUUAUCAAACCAAAUGUUAAAAAGAGUCUCCUUUUGUAAAACUGGAUUAGAGAAGACUUUUCAGUGGGUUAUCUCUAGGAUGAUCAGUAGUUCAACACUUAAAAACUGCAGAGAAAACUGAAAGUUAUGUUCCAGAUAACUUUCCAUUGUUUGCCAAAUUUUCUUGGACUUGGUCAUCGUCAGGAAGCAUUUGUAAAAAUAAAAAUUUCCAAAUUACUGGCCCAUCCCAGACUCGCUGAAUCAAUUUGAUAGGAUUAAUCUCCAGUGAAGCUGUGUUUACAGAGCAUUCCAAGUGAUUCUUAUCGGGAAAUGUGAAAAACAUUCUUGUACAUAAUCAGUUAAUUUAAAAUUUUACUUAAUAAGUGAACAAUUAAUGCAGAUUUUACCUGUUUACUUAGGGUAUCUACCCAGACCCAUCGAUUGUGAGUUCAGGAGAUGAUUUUGAAAUUACUGUUUUCCAAAUAAAGGUGCUCCCUUCUA